UCAUUGUACGAGGAAACCACUGCCUCAUCUUUCUCGAGUAGUAGAAUGUUAAAGCUACUCUCUCUCCCUCGCCAACAUUUGUUUAUGCACCCUCCUUUCUAUAUUAAGCUCCUCCCAUGCCCUACCUUACCUUUACUUUAAUUAAACCAAUUCAUAGUUUAAUCAUUUAGUCCAAAACCGCCCCAACAUUUUUGGUGAAAUAAAUUAAGCGGCUCCAUGUUUUCGAACAGUGGUUUUGCCUUCCUUUGAAAACCGCCUUUCCCACGCCUUACAAUACCAGCUUAAUUAGCUCCUUCCAAAAUAGAACUCUCUCUUUCGUUACUCUUCACUCCAAGCUCGAAUUAAGGAGAGAAAAUGGGGAGAGGGAAGAUUGUGAUUCGUAGGAUUGAUAAUUCGACGAAUAGGCAAGUGACUUUCUCAAAGAGAAGGAAUGGAUUGCUGAAGAAAGCAAGAGAAUUAUCAAUCCUUUGUGAUGCCGAAAUUGGGUUGAUUAUCUUCUCCAGCACAGGAAAGCUCCAUGAUUUUGCAAGCACCAGCAUGAAAUCCAUAAUUGAACGAUACAACAAAGUGAAGGAGGAGCAUUACAAUCUGAUGAAUCCUAUUUCAGAGAUCAAGGUGUGGCAAAGGGAAGCGGAAAACUUGAGGCAACAACUACAGUAUUUGCAAGAAAGCCAUAGGAAGCUUUUGGGAGAAGAACUUGCUGGAUUGAACAUCAGAGACCUCCAAAAUCUGGAAAAUCAACUAGAGAUGAGCUUGAAAGGCGUUCGUGUGAAAAAGGAACAAACUCUGACUACUCAAAUCAACGACUUAAAUCAGAAGGGAAACGUCAUCCAUCAAGAGAAUAUGGAACUUCACAAGAAGAUGAAUCUUGUUGCCAAGGAAAAUGAGGAUUUGAAGAAAAAGGUUUAUGGCCCGGGAAGCACAAGCGAAGAAAACAGGGUUCCCCAGAAUAUGCACAGCAUCAACGAUGGAUAUCCUUUUAUACCUAUUAAUCUUGAGCUAAGCCAGCCACAAAAGCAAACAAAUGGUGCACCAAAAGAUGUGAUGAAUUUCGGGCUUCAACUGCAGCAAUGACACGUUGCACACAGAAGUUGUUUACCAGUUUUAUGCCAAUGUUGUCAUACAAUCCAAAGAGAGAAUGGCUCAAAUGAACUAGAAAUGCUGUGGUUCACAAUAUGGCCAUCCUGAUCAUUAAGAUCAUACGGAAAGACUAGAGAUUUUUAUGUACAUAGUCUCAUGAUCAUUGUAAUAAUGGCUGAAGGCAGAAGCAAUAAAUGUUAAGGUUAGCUCGAGCUAAUAUUGUGGUAAUUGAUGUCGCAGCUGUAGUCCCUAGACUCCCUACUAAUGCUUGUUAGAUAAAGAUAAAACUGAUACACAUGAGACAUGUCCAAAUUGAUGCUUCAGUAAAAUUGAAUAUUAAAAUCACCA